AUGGUUUCUAGGAAGCUUGAGGGCGAGGCAGUCGGCUUGGGCGCGAGGGAUGCCUCAUCCACUCUGAUUCCGACUCUCCUCCAGAGCGUGGCCGAGGUUGCCGAGACCCUCCGCCACUCGCACCAUGUUGCGGCCACCGGCGCUGCCAACACGUUCGGCGAUGACCGUGCGUAA